AUGGUGGCCUCUGAGGGCUUCUUAGCAGGUUCGUCCAUGCUGGACAUCUGCAAUGCAGCGGUUUGUUCAGAGAAGCAGAACUGGGUUGGCUAUCACCGCGUCAUUCUUGGAGAACAUGAUCGUGGCUCAAGUGUUGAACCCAUUCAGGUCAAAUUAGUUUCCAAGGUCAUCACCCAUCCGCUCUACAGCAGGACGACUAUCAACAAUGACAUUGCUCUGCUGAAACUGUCGUCUCCAGUCACACUGACUCCCCGUAUCUCUCCUGUAUGUCUGGCUCCAUCAAGCCUCAGCAUCCUGCCUGGAACCCGCUGCUUCACCACUGGCUGGGGUAGAACUGCCACCACAACGAGCCCACUGAUCCUACAGCAGACAGGUGUACCCAUCAUAAGUCCUGCUGUGUGCAAACAGAUCUGGGGUCAGAACACUAUCACUGAUGCUAUGAUCUGUGCUGGAGCCUCUGGUUCCUCAUCUUGCCAGGGUGAUUCUGGUGGUCCUCUGGUGUGUGAGUGUUCAGGGGUCUGGUCUCUGGUGGGCUCGGUCUCCUGGGGAACAAGCACUUGUGACACCCGUUUCCCUGUAGUCUACGCCCGCAUCUCCCAACUGCGCUCCUGGAUCGACAGGACUAUCGCUUCUAACUAA